GCCCCAGGCCGGGCGGGCUGACGUGCGAGCUUCCAGUCUCUUUGCCGUAUGGGGGUUUAUUUUGUUUUGGGCCACUCCAGCCGCCGCCAUUAGGCGAGCCCAGGGUAGAUUCGAGGGUGGCGGGAUCUCGUUGCCUGGGCUUCCCUCCCCCUCAGCCCCGCCGGGGUGGUAGCGUCCUCCCAACCAGCGACGUCCUUUUAGCCACCCAGACCAGGAAGGAACCAUGUCCUGAGCGGGGGGGAGGGGGGAGACGGGAGCGAGAGGCCGCAACCAGCGGUGCGGAGCAGGGGCGGCUGGCUGGCUGGGAUGCGGGUGAGGGGCAUGGGCGGCAGCCGCUGAGGAGAGACAGUCGCGGGAUCAGGAGGCUGCUCAGCGAAGGAAAAGCUGUGUACUUAGAGCUGUCCAUCAUCCUUGCCACUGAAAAGGCAGUAUGGAGACGAAAUAGACUCUUCAGUAUAGAAAAACUUUCUGCCUGAAAUCAUUUACUUCAAGGAGUGCAGGAUGACAGAACGUGGAAUAAAAUGGGCUUGUGAGUAUUGUACAUACGAAAACUGGCCAUCUGCGAUCAAGUGUACCAUGUGCCGUGCUCAAAGACCUAGUGGAACUAUUAUAACAGAAGAUCCUUUCAAAAGUGGUUCAAGUGAUGUCGGUAGAGAUUGGGAUCCUGCAAGUAUUGAAGGAGGCAGCAGCCCUUUGAUAUGUCCAGAUUCCAGUGCAAGACCAAGAGUUAAAUCAUCCUACAGUAUGGAAAGUGCAAAUAAGUGGUCAUGCCACAUGUGCACAUACUUGAACUGGCCUCGUGCAAUACGAUGCACACAGUGCUUGUCUCAGCGUAGGACCAGGAGUCCCACAGAAUCCCCUCAGUCUUCAGGGUCUGGUUCAAGACCAGCUCCUUUCUCUGUGGAUCCUUGUGAGGAGUACAAUGAUAGAAAUAAACUAAACAUGAGGACACAGCACUGGACCUGUUCUGUCUGUACGUAUGAAAACUGGGCUAAAGCCAGAAAGUGUGUUGUGUGUGAUCAUCCAAGACCCAACAACAUUGAAGCAAUAGAAUUGGCAGAAACAGACGAAGCUUCCUCAAUAAUAAAUGAGCAAGACAGAACUCGAUGGAGGGGCAGCUGUAGUAGUGGUGGUAAUAGCCAAAGAAGAUCACCUCCUACAACCAAACGGGAAUCUGAAAUGAAAAUGGACUUUCAGAGAAUUGAGCUGGCUGGAGCUGUUGGCAGCAAAGAAGAACUUGAAGUUGACUUCAAAAAACUAAAGCAAAUAAAAAACAGAAUGAAGAAGACUGACUGGCUGUUUCUUAAUGCUUGUGUUGGGGUUGUAGAAGGUGACUUAGCUGCUAUUGAAGCAUACAAGUCGUCAGGAGGAGAUAUUGCACGCCAGCUUUCUGCAGAUGAAGUACGCUUGUUAAAUCGCCCUUCCGCUUUUGAUGUGGGAUACACACUUGUUCAUCUUGCUAUACGUUUUCAAAGACAAGAUAUGCUAGCAAUUCUGCUUACAGAGGUAUCCCAACAUGCAGCUAAGUGCAUUCCAGCUAUGGUAUGCCCAGAGCUUACUGAGCAAAUCCGACGUGAAAUUGCUGCAUCUCUUCAUCAGCGGAAGGGAGACUUUGCCUGCUAUUUCCUAACUGACCUUGUAACAUUUACAUUACCUGCAGAUAUUGAAGACUUGCCACCAACAGUCCAAGAGAAAUUAUUUGAUGAAGUACUUGAUAGAGAUGUUCAAAAAGAACUUGAAGAAGAAUCUCCCAUUAUAAACUGGUCACUGGAAUUGGGUACGCGUUUGGACAGUAGACUUUAUGCACUUUGGAAUCGGACUGCAGGGGACUGCCUGCUUGAUUCAGUACUACAAGCUACAUGGGGCAUUUAUGAUAAGGACUCGGUGCUACGUAAAGCGCUUCAUGACAGUUUACAUGAUUGUUCUCAUUGGUUCUAUACCCGAUGGAAAGAAUGGGAGUCAUGGUACUCCCAAAGCUUUGGUUUACACUUCUCACUGCGAGAAGAACAGUGGCAGGAAGACUGGGCAUUUAUACUUUCACUUGCUAGUCAGCCUGGAGCAAGUUUGGAACAGACACACAUUUUUGUACUUGCACAUAUUCUUAGAAGACCAAUUAUAGUUUAUGGAGUAAAAUAUUAUAAGAGUUUCCGAGGAGAAACUUUAGGAUAUACCCGUUUUCAAGGUGUAUAUUUGCCUUUGUUAUGGGAACAGAGUUUUUGUUGGAAAAGCCCUAUUGCUCUGGGCUACACAAGGGGCCAUUUCUCUGCUUUGGUUGCCAUGGAGAAUGAUGGCUAUGGCAACCGAGGUGCUGGUGCUAACUUGAACACUGAUGAUGAUGUUACUAUUACUUUUUUACCAUUGGUCGACAGUGAAAGGAAGCUGCUGCACAUUCACUUCCUGUCUGCUCAAGAGAUUGGUAAUGAGGAACAACAGGAGAAGCUGCUCAGGGAGUGGCUGGACUGUUGCGUGACGGAGGGUGGAGUCCUAGUUGCUAUGCAGAAAAGUUCUCGCCGGCGCAACCAUCCCCUGGUAACACAGAUGGUAGAGAAAUGGCUUGAUCGCUAUAGACAAAUUCGCCCCUGUACAUCCCUUUCAGAUGGAGAAGAAGAUGAAGACGAUGAUGAUGAAUGAUAAAAUUGAGAUACCUGGCUGAGAAUAAUGUGUGGUGAGGUCCCCCAGCACUUGGGGCGUGCUCUAGCAAUUUGUUACACAAUGACCUAAUUGUAGCAGGAAGCAGCCUGCCUAAGAUUUUUAAUCGGCAUGGGGAGAAUUCAGAGGCUCAACAUAUAUGUGAAGACAGCUACGUUGGUUGGACUACAGUUUGUAAAAAAGCAAAGCCCUAAUUUUAUUACCAAGACAGAAAGCAUUUUUCUUUCCAGUUGUACAUCUGCCUAUAAAUGUACCGCAUGUAGUUGUGUAAGAAAGUUGUGUAAUUGGAAAAAGUAUUACCAGCAUCUUAAAAUAAUUGAAAAAAAAUUCUUUUGAAUAAGGGCACUUAAAAGCACACCGUAGAUUAAUAUUUGUUCUUUUUGAGACUUACAGUAAAACUUGGUUCUUCUGCAUCACUUCCUAAGUAUUCUAACAGACCCAUUUUAUAUGCAAUCUUGCUAAUGCCCAGGUCAGAUGAUGUGGCUUUUCUUUUUGCUGUUGAAGCCAUAUACCUGAGUCAAAAGUAUGAGCAGUUCAUUGUUUUUAUUCAGAUUUGAGUUACCUUUGUGCCCAUUAUAAGAAGAUGAAAUGUUAAAGGGAAAAAACACACACACCAACCUAUGGAAGGGAUGAUACAUUUUGAUUGAGUGAACUUUGGUUGUUGUUUUUUUGUAAAGGAUUCUCUGCUGUCCGUUAAUAUUUUGUAUCUUUUAUUUGGAAUAUUUUCCCCCCUUCCAGCAUACUUAAAGUAGUCAGAGAAGUACUGUUCCAGAGAGCUAUAUGCUAACUACCGUGUGGAAUCUGCUACAUCUAAACUGAACUGAAAAAACUGCAUUUUGUCCAAACCUGAUCUUGCUGUGAGUUGUACAAUAGAAAUUACUAUUUUAUCAAGCCUUUCCCCUGCAAGUUAAAAUCACCUCCAUUAAGGAGCACUCCUUGGUCAUUAAAAUCGAGUGAGAAAGCACUUUGGCAGUUUUCCUUAAAAGCCUUCAUUCUAAAGCUUUGUUUUAAAGUACUGUAUAUUAUCUUUCCUUGGUAUGUAAACUUUGGAAUUUUUUUGCAUGUUGAUUGAUUGUGGCCACAUUUGAAUAUGUAAGUUUCCUGAAAGUAUAAGUUCAGAAUAUAUUCUCCAGUAGAAAAUUCUUUUUUUAUUAUACUUGAUAACUUUAGCCAUGCUAUCUUGAAUGGAUAUAGCCUAUCCAAAAACCUCACUUUAAAAAAACACUAAAGGUUGAAUAGUUUUGUAUGCAUAAAGCAGAUCCUGAUAAGCACUUUUUGAAGACUAAUGAUGGUGGAAAUGAGGACAAGGAACCUCUUGCAAAAUAGAUUUCCUUGUUUAAGAAUCUGGACAGGAGCCGUACAUUUACAUAUGUGUAAAAAUAUAUAUAGGAACCCUUCAGAAUUUGCUGCUUUUUCUAAACGUGGAUUAGAUGGUGUUGAAAUAUACUUUACAAAAGUAAUCCUGUUGACAAACCUACCCUGAAAUUUCUUCAAGGUACUACAUUGAAGAAGUACAUUGAUUCAGCUUUUUGAUCUCUGAAAUGUAAAAGGAUGGAUGUGUUUGUAUGUGUUUUGGUCGUUAGUUCUCUCUUUUGGUGCAUGCAGAGAUUAUUGGGCAAAGGUACAUGCUUACCUUUGAUGAGUCAAAUUUCCUAAGCUGGAGAAUAAUUGGAUUUCUUUUUAAAAAAAUAGGUCCUGCUUUUAUGUGCAAUUCUAAUUUUAGGUUUUCUAAAUGCUUUUUCUGCCUACAUUACAUACUUAGUGGUGGAAUCCCCAUAGUCCUGGACCAAUGCAAUAAGCUGUGCUUUUGUGGGCGGAGUCAGUUACCUGAAUUUUUUUUUUUAAAGAUCUGAGUCACUGUGCUGCCAUCUAUAGCUGAUUCUAGUUCGAUACAUAUGUCUUAAAUGUAAGCAUUACUAUCCUAGUAGGGGGGAAAUGGCUGAAUCUCCAGCCAUCUUUAUUCCACUGCAGUAGCAAAGCCUGAAAUUUUUGGAGUCUUUUUGGAUGAAAGUGUUUGCUGCUGUCUGGAAUAAAAAACACAAUAAUGUGCAUUUUUACUGGCUCCUAGCUACAUAUACAGACAGAAACACUGAAACCACUUCUUGUAGUCUCAGUACAGCCCUAUGAUAAUCAGUGGUGGUUAGUGGUUUUAUAGAUUGUAAUUCCAGUAGCUGUUACAGGGCUGGAGAAUAGCAAGUUGUGGCGAGCCUCAAACACUGCAGUAAUGCAUGGGUCUCUAACCUGAUACACCUUUUUUUUGAAAGUCCAGGCUUUGCUACUUAUUGUGAUCUAAGUUACAGUUGAGGUAGUAUUUUUUUUAAUUAAACCACCAAUUCUGAAGCUGAAGGGCAAGUUCCAUCUUGAGUCUGUAGUGGAGAUAUAUUAUAAAAAUUAUUAUAUAUUUCCUGCAUUAAGUAGUGGUUUUUCAUCCAUUUGAAUUGUUUGGUUGUGUUCUUUUUGGGCUGCAAAAUUUGCUGCCCCCUCUCCUUAGGAAAAAAAAAAUCACUUCAUGUGGUAAAACAAAAACCCCUUCUUGCCAUCUCAAACCAUUUUGUAUCUUAAUUACUUUUAAUAUCUUGUUUGAAGCUUUGUUCUACUGCAUAAAUCUAUGCUUCCUGAAUCACGCUAACAUUUUAAGAACUCUUCAAUGACAUCGUGACUUCCAGACCCACAACUGUUAUAUGGAAGUUUGACUUACAGCCUCCUCUAAAACUACAUUUUUCUCUAGUUUUAAGUGGAGGGUUUUCUUUUCUUUUCUUCAAGUUAGUACCUGGAAGUAAUACGAAGAUAAUUGCAUCCAAGCAGCCAAAUUUUGCACCAGGGGUUCCUAGCAGAUUCACUGGCAGUAGCAGAGUCUGCCUCAAAUGUGAGUGUCCUAUUAGAAAGUAUACAUUUUCAUCAACAUUAAUUAUGCCUAUCUGGAAUGCCACUGCCUGGUCUAAGAACAAAGUUCCAACAAUAGCAGCUUCUUAAAAUCACUAAUGCCAGUGUAAAUGUUGUUUCACCUUCAUUUGUGUGGCUUCCUAAAUGUUCUCUGUAACUCACCAAUGUUCCUCCUCCUGAUUGCUCUAUACUGGUGUCUAUGGUAAGUUAUUCAUAAUUGCAGUGUUAGAUCAUUGACACAGCUAUGAAGUUGACUCCCUUGAAUAUGUUCAAAGCUGGUAAUGUGCUUUUCCAUUAAUUUAAAACAAAACAAAUAUAAGUUUUGUAACAAUG